AUGCAUGGCUGUUGGCGCAUCACUCUCUUCACCUUUCUUAUUAUUUUUACCUCAGCUACAGCCAUACCGCUCUUAAAGGUCCCCAAAACAGUGUGCGGAGGGCCUUUUACUAUUCCAAUCCUCGUUUCCGAUGAUUUGAAACAGAUCGAUUUGGACAGUGUUACGAGCUUAUCAUUUUGGGAUAUUGUCAAUAGAACCGCGGACACCACUACUCUGGAUGCAGAUUCCGGAGCUACGCUAGCAUACAGCCCGAUCCAACCCCCUGCGGAAGUGGAUGAUCCUGUCCUAGUUUCGUGGGCUGCCGAAAAUGCCGAUAUUCUUUCGACCCUCAAUCCUAACAAUACAGGCCUAUACUAUCGCGACCAAGUCUUGAAUCUUACAACCUAUCCCUGGAACACAAUCGGGAGAGUAUCCUUCGUGCGUUUUAAAGGAGAUAGAGGAGGGUGGUGUACAGGAUCAUUGGUUGGGAGGAAUCUCAUGCUCACGGCGAGCCAUUGUUUUCCGUGGGGCUACGGUAAAGAUCGAUGGAUGAAAUUCGCACCAGGCUAUGGCAAUGGCUAUGAGCCAUAUGGCAGCUCAUACGUGUCACGUUGCCGAGGAGUGCAAAAUAUCUUUAACGUCACCGGGAUUGACUACGUUAUCUGCCAUCUCUGCGAACCGCUUGGCGACCGGACUGGGUGGAUGGGAACAAAGUGGAGGAAGGAUGCGCAUUUUUAUAUGAACCAGCAAUGGAGGAGCUCCGGAUAUCCGAGUGAUGCCUUUCAGGGGAAUGAGCAGAUGCUUGUGUCAAAUAUCAGCCUCAUUGAUGUUGAUUACCAUGAACGGCUUGGGAAAGAGCUGGAGACUAGAGUGUUUGCAUCACCAGGGUGGUCUGGAGGCCCUAUGUGGGAAUAUAUCGAUGGGGAGCCGACCAUUGUGGGUGUUUGUAGUGGGGGAGAGAAAGACUGUAGCGAGGAGGCCGGUGGGUGCAAAGGCGUGAAGGAUUCCAGCUCCUACCAUGAAGUCUCUGCGGGAGGCAGACUUAUGACUGAUCUUGUCACCUAUGGUCUCACCCAUUGGAAUGAUGCUGGCUAUAUGGACUGA